AUGGAGUCCAUCCGGCGGUUCGAGUCGGAGAGGAGGGCGUGGGAGGCCAUGCGCGAGGACCUGGAGCGGAGGGUGCGAGAGGCGGAUGAGCACCGGGAGGCGUUGGAGGCCGAGAAGUGGGACGCGGAGCACCGCCUCGGGCAGCUGACCAUGGAGGUGGACGCCCUCCGGCGCGCGGGCGCCGCACCGCCGCGGCCGCGUCCCGAUCCCGCGCGCGGGAGCCGGCCGGAGCCCACUGCCGCCGCCGAGGAGCUCCGGGACGAGCUGCUCCAGGCCCGGGAGCGCGCCGCUGCGGCCGAGCGGGGCCGCGGGGCGCUGCAGGCCGAGCUGGACCGCCUGCGGUGGGCGGAGGCCGCCGCCGCGGCCGCGGGCCCGCCCGGCAGCGCGCGGCUGCGGGGCGAGCUGCUCGAGGCGCGGCGCGAGCUGGAGCAGAGGCAGAGGGACGCGAUCGGCUUGGAGGAUGACCUGCUGAGGCUUCGGGAGCAGCUGAACGCCGAGAAGGAGAAGGUGCUCGAGCUGAAGAGGGCCGCCCAGAGCCGGAGGGCAGCCUGGCAGGAGGAGCUCGGAAAGAUCACGGACGAGCUCGGCGCCGCCGAGCGGCUGCAGGGGGAGGUCGACAGCCUGCGGGCCGACUCCGCACGCUGGCGCAGGGCGCUGGAGCGGGCCAAUGGGCGGGCGGAGGCGCUGCAGAGCGAGCUGCGGCAGGCGAGGGCGGGGCAGUCCGGGGCCGGCGAGCUCGCCCUGCAGGAGGGGCCGGCGGGUGACCGCGGGCUGCUGCCCCCGGCCGCGGAAUCGAGCUCGGAGCUGCGCGAGCGGGAGCGGAGGACCUCCCAUCUGCUGGGGCUGUUCCUGCAGCAUGCCCGGGGCCCGGCGCAGAGGCUGAGGCGCAGCUGCAGGUGCCUGGUCGAUGCGGGGGCGGCGGGCGGCGAGCCGCGGCUGAGGCAGGUGCCCCCGAUCUUCGAGGCCGACGUGCGCCACCUGCAGGAUGGCCUCGUCAAGAUGGUGGACCUGCUGCGCUACCUCGCGGACGUGCACGACGCCAUGGGCCGCCAGGCCACGCCCAGCACCAGUGCCGCCUCUGAGCCCCCCUCGGAGCAGGCCCUGGCCGGGGCCUCCAUAGCAUCGAAGCUGGAGGACACGGUCUCCUACGCCGCCAAUUGGCUGAGGCUUGGCAUAGCCUAG